GCCCGUGGGGCUGGGGGCGGUGCGUCAGGCGUCGCGGACCACUAGGUCCCCGGGAGUGGUGGGGGGGGAGGGCAGGACGGAAGAGUUUGGCGCAAAGCCUGCCGGGGCAUGGAGUCCCGGUGAGCUUUGUGCGCAUGUGCGCGGAGGUCAGGGGGGCUUGGGGGGGCCGCGCCGGAGAGAGUGAGGUGCUGUUGUCCCCCCCUCCCAGGGCUCGCACGCCCCCAUGGAGAUCCCGUCCCCCCAGCCCGUGAAGCAGGAGGGCCAGGCCAUCGAGGGCCUGGUCCUGGACUCUCCGUGGCACCGCUUCCGCCACUUCCACCUGGGCGACGCCCCGGGCCCCCGGGAGGCGCUGGGCCUGCUGCGCGCCCUGUGCCGGGACUGGCUGCAGCCCGAGGUGCGCACCAAGGAGCAGAUGCUGGAGCUGCUGGUGCUGGAGCAGUUCCUGAGCGCCUUCCCCGCUGACAUCCAGGCAUGGGUGUGCAGCCGGCGGCCCCAGAGCGGCGAGGAGGCGCUGGCGCUGCUGGAGGAGCUCUGGGGACCAGCGAUGCGGGCCCCUCGGGACGUGAUGGAAGGCUCCGGGGUCGGCCUCCAAAAGGAAGACGGUGGCAUGAUGGCUCUAGGAGACGCGGUCCCCGGGGCUGAGGAGCCGGCCGUCGGGGACGCCCAGGCCACGCGCCCCUACAAGCAGGAGCCGGGCAGCCCCCCGCUGGCCCCGCCGGCCCUGCCCGCGCCCGACCUGCCCGCCCUCCUGGCCGCCGCCGCGGGCACCGUGUCCUGCCCCGAGUGCGGCAAGACGGCCCUGAAGCCGGCGCACCUGCUGCGCCACCGGCAGAGCCACUCGGCCGAGAAGCCGCACGCCUGCCCCGAGUGCGGCAAGGCCUUCCGGCGCAAGGAGCACCUGCGGCGCCACCGCGGCACGCACCCCGGCGGCCCCGCGUGUCCCGGGCCCGCGCUGCGCCCCCUGCCGGCCCGCGAGCGGCCGCACGCCUGCUGCGAGUGCGGCAAGACCUUCUACUGGCGCGAGCACCUGGUGCGCCACCGCAAGACGCACUCGGGCGCGCGCCCCUUCGCCUGCUGGCAGUGCGGCAAGGGCUUCGGGCGCCGCGAGCACCUGCUGCGCCACCAGCGCAUCCACGGCCGCGCGGCGGCGGCGGGCGCAGCCGGGGCGCCGGGCCCCGAGGGCGGGGGGCCCUUCCCGCCGUGGCCGCUGGGGUAGCCGCCCGCCCUGGUGCCGCCCGCCGCCUCCUCCCGCCCCGCCUGGCUCCUCCCUGGUCUACGCCGCCCUGUACCCCAACGUCCUGGGGUCCUUCCCAGCUGUUUCUGCCCCAAACCCCGCUUUCCCUGGAGGUGGGGCCGGGGCGGGGGUGCGCGGGCGGAGCUGCCCAAGGUUGGGGCUGGGGGAGCCUCUGUUCCGAGUGGACUUGACCUUUUUCCUGAGUUCAAAGUAGCGUGUGUUUUUCUUCUGAAUUUUGUCCCAGUUCCCAAAGGGCAGUGAGAAGUCCAGGCACCCAGAUCUCCCCUCCGCCCACCCCUCCUGACCCCCACCCGCCCCCCAAAACCCCCCGUGGAAGGG